AUGGAGCGCAUGAGACUGGAGUUUGACAGUUACUACCUCCGAUUCGAGCAGAAAUGCGGCGCACUUGGUUUGACAGAUGGUACAGACAGACAUUCGGCUAGAGAUGAACGGAGACACCUGUUCUGUAACAUUCUUGACAACAUCAGCGAUCAAAUGAAGGCUAGGUUUGGCCAUUUUGAUGAACUUGCUUUCCUCGGUUUGGUGGAUUGCGCAAAGUUCUAUGAAAUGUCACAACAUUUUGAUGACACGAAACUGCAGAGCCUGUCAAAGUAUGCCAAGUUUUUUGACUUUGUCAGACUGAAGGCCAAUCUCAUUGGACUGUAUAGCUCAAAAACGGUGAGGGAUGAAUGCAAAUCUCCUGGACAGCUUCUCAACUUUUUGGCCGAGAAGGAUCUUGUUGUAACUGUUCCUGAGGCGACAAAGUUGCUCCAACUCGUGCUCACGGUGCCAGCUACUACAGCGUCAGUGGAGCGGUCAUUCUCAGCCCUGAAGAGACUGAAAACAUACAGCAGGAACAGGACGGAUCAAGGAAGGCUUUCUUCCCUGGCAGUGAUCUCCAUUGAGACAGAGAGACUUUUAAAACUGAAGGAAGAUAAGGAGGACUUCUAUCGCAAAGUGACGGAUGUUUUUGUGCAGAAGGAGCGACGCAUGGACUUCAUUUAUACGUAA